AUGGCGGCCCCAAAUCGCCUUCAGUCUUUGCCCGACGAGCUCUUCCUCCAGAUCUUAUCGUUCCUCGAUACACACGACAUAGUCAAACUCCAGCCUCUGUCGAAACAUUUCCUACGCCUAUGCCGAGAUAGUACCGUGUGGCGCCAUCGGUGCUUGCUGGCUUCCGCAUUGCUCGAACGAGUGCAGCUCUACCGAUGGGGUUCGGACUGGGUCGACGAGGGCGGCGCUUCGUUAGUAGGACACGAACCAGAAGGUCACGGCGAGCCCCAAUCGACUGUGGUAGAGAACCUCAGUCGGCUCAGCGCUAAGAGAAGAAAGAAAGAACACGUUCGAAUCGCUGCCAACUGGGAUCCAACCUUCCCCUCUGAGACGACGAACUGGUACGAUGAAUACAUUCAAAGGAACGCUCCGACUGCUGUCAGUUGGUUUCAGAAGCCUCAAGUCUCGAGUGGCUCAGUGAAGGGCGCGGCCGAUGUUAGUGGUGUUGCAUUGUACAAGCCCUCCGAAUCCAAUCCUCACGAGCUCUUUGCGGUAUCACCGCUAGCCGAUGGUUCGGUCUGCCUCUGGGAUAUCAAAGGCACUUGCUCGAAGAAAGGAACAGGUACCAUCUACUCGAGGAGUAGCCCUGGUCUGCUCUGUGCAGACGGCCCCGAAACAGACCUAUCGAGGCGAUCAAAGAUGAUUAAUACCGGUGUUACCGAAUGCGUCAGCGUAGAUAGCCAGAGAGACCGGGCAUUCUUCACGGUCCAGAGCCGCCUUGUCGAAGUCGACCUUCGGACACUGGCUGUCGUUGAUGUCCAGCCCUUUGAGUGGUCUAUUACCACUCUGUCAGCUGCUGACCCCAGGAUCCCACUCACGAUAGGCACUGUUAACGGCCUACAUCUGCAUGAUUAUAGAUCUAGGUAUCAGCAUCGCCAAUAUCAUGGAGAGCGAACGGACUAUGCCGGACACAAGUUUGUUUUUGACUUAUCUAGGGUACUAGAUCCGAGACCUCUACCACCCUACGCUCCACUCGCGCAGUCGGGACCACAGAGUAUUCUCCACCUUGAUUGCCCCGGGAACCAAGACCAGACAUAUGACAUAUUUGUUGGUGGUCGAUUUUCAAACAUCCUUCACUACGAUCGGCGCAUGUUUCCGUCAAUCAAGGGGUCGAUUCACUCGGGCGCCCGACUUUGCAGCCUUGCCUCUCUCCCCUAUCCCUUCUCGAGUAUUGACAGUGACCUUCGGCGGCGUCUACAGCUGUCAGAGGAACAGGUCAAGAAGUCUAAGAAUGUUCCUGGCGGAAGAACACUGAUAGCUUGUGGUGAAUACAACACCAAGGGCUCUCUGGAGCUAUAUGGCUUGUCUCCGGCGGCUGACGAUCGCCCCAAAACUGGAUCCUCCUGUAACUCGGUUAUGAAGAAUCGACAGACGGCUUCCAAGUCAAAGCUCCUAUCUGUCAUCAAUCACGGGACCCGGAUACUAUUUUCUGACGGACAGGGUUAUCUGAAAUGGGUUGAGCGCGAUGGGUUUACUGAAGUCCGGCGGCUCAAGAUUGGCAAAUCGGAGAAGCUUGUCCAGCGCUCCCUCUUCGCCUCGAUGCCGGCAUUAGACGAGCUGGCCAGAAAGCUCCUUCCCACCGGAACCGGACAGGAUGACGAGGUGCAAGCCAAUAACGACGAUAUUCUGUUCUGGACUGGCGAGAAGUUGGGCCUUGUCAGCUUUACAUCGAAGCCAGGAUUCUCUGCAGAGGAUUUCGAAGACGUCACGAAGACGCCGGAAGAGUUGGCGGCGGAGCACGAGGAGAUGCUGUACAGCGAGAGAAUGAGGCAAGCGCUCGAACGACAGGCCAACGAAGCCCGGUUUGUGCAGCAUCUUGGGGCUGGCAAUAUUCGCAAUGGAUUCUAG